GGAAUUGAUGCCUUUCGGAGCGCGCAGAGUGUAGCUGCUGCAUGUGGGUACAUGUUGUAGAGCAGACAGGCAGUAAUUUAAAACAUCUAUUCAGUGGCUCUUUUCUCUUCAGUAGAUAAAACUCAGAUCAUCUGUUCACUGUCUGUUUCCAUCUGCAAGCUCAAGAGGAAUGUUCCUGAAAGUCCAGCUGUAGCCUGCAGUGGCCGAUCUGCAGCAAAAUGAGCUCGGAGGAGCGCAGCUCAGCCAUGUCGCAGAAGAUCUCCUCCAUGUCACGCAGCAACAGCAGCUCCUCGUCCAAACAUGACAGCCGACAGGACAGCUGGGAAAUAGUGGAGGGACUGCGUGGAGGCUUCAGCAGCGUUCUGGAGCCGCAGAAACAGGAGGGCUUCAUGUUAAAGAGGAGAAAGUGGCCUAUGAAGGGCUGGCAUAAGAGAUACUUUUUCCUGGACAAGGGUGUCCUUAAAUAUGGCAAGUGCAGCGCUGACAUUGAGAAAGGGAAACUGCACGGCUGCAUUGACGUGGGCCUCUCCGUCAUGGCCAUUAAGAAGAAAGCCAAGUGCAUCGAUCUCGAUGCCGAGGAAAACAUCUAUCACCUGAAGAUUAAGUCACAGGAGCUGUUUGAUGAAUGGGUGUCCAAGCUGCGUCAUCAUCGGCUCUAUCGGCAAAAUGAGAUUGCCAUGUACCCUAACGAGAAGUCCUUCUACUACCCCCACUACCCCUCCCCCAACUCCCCCAACAUGUCUGACGGUGCCUCUAUUAGAAAGUGCAUGCCUGUACGGAGGCAGUCCACGGUGCCUUCUGCAGGUGCCUUCCCUUUAAGCUCCAACAGCCAGGCCAAGGUAGCUGCCUGGCUGCAGUCAUCGGACGACAUGGACAAAUGCUCCAAAGACUUGUCAGUAUGUGAGGCCUACCUGCUGGAGCUUAACCACCUGCUUCAGAGCAUGGAAGUCCUCCACCGGACCUAUUCUGCUCCAUCUAUUCAGGCACUGCAGGCGUCUACAUUUGACAGCCCCAAAAAAGAAAAGAGACUUCCGCGGAAAUGGCGCUCGAAGAACUACAAUAAAGAUGUCAAAACAACUCUGCAGGUACCCAGCUGCAUCUCCUCCGGCUCCAUCCGCCUCCACGCCUCGAACCCCAACCUCUCCACCGCUGCACUCGCCAAUGACAAAGUCGACCCCGAAUCCCUGGAUUCCCCCUUCGAUGUGGCCAAGCUGCAGGAGGAUUUCUGCCGCGUCGCCGCCAACUUCCACACGGUCAUGAAGUCAGCGCUGACUUCGCUAACAUCUGAGAGGGAGAGAUUAAAACAGUGUCUGGAUCACGAAACAUGUCCCCCGACUUCGCCACAGGUCGUCAGUUUGAAGAACGCGCUGGCGUCGGCUGUAGCCCAGAACUCUGAGCUGAGAGAGCGCCUGUGCAAGAUUCAUGCCGAGUCCCACAUCGUAGAGCCCACACUAAUAAAUCUCACUGCCCCUGUGCAGAAACAGGACUCUGUAGACGAAUCCCAUCCUCUUGUGCACCAAGUGUCCAAUGAGAGCAGAGCUUCAAUAGCAGAGUCUUUGUCCGAGUUCUUCGAUGCACAAGAAGUUCUGCUUUCGGCGAGUUCUUCUGAAAACGAGGUAUCGGAGGAUGACUCAUACAUCAGUGACAUUAGUGACAACAUCUCCAUGGACAACUUCAGCAACGAAAGUGAAAGACCAAACUCAGGCUCGGUGGAAGAAGGCACUGUGAUUUGUCAGCGUCGGUCCUGCCUGCCCACGCCCAGCCCCAACAACAGCACCAUCAGCCUGUGGCACAUCCUCAGGAACAACAUCGGCAAAGACCUGUCAAAGGUGGCGAUGCCGGUGCAGCUUAAUGAGCCACUCAACACCCUGCAGAGACUGUGUGAGGAGCUGGAGUACAGCGAGCUGCUAGACAGAGCCGCGAACACACAGGACCCCUUUGAACGCAUGAUUUAUAUGGCUACGUUUGUUGUAUCCGGCUACGCGUCCAGCUACUACAGAACCGGAGGAAAGCCUUUUAAUCCCGUCCUAGGAGAGACGUACGAAUGUGACCGGCCAGAUAAAGGCUUUCGAUUUGUUGCAGAGCAGGUCAGCCAUCACCCACCAAUCUCAGCUUGCCAUGCAGAGUCCAAAAACUUUGUGUUCUGGCAAGACGUGAGGUGUAAGAACAAGUUCUGGGGAAAGUCCAUGGAGAUCGUUCCUGUGGGUACCACUCAUGUCACUCUGCCAGGAUGUGGAGACCACUACGAGUGGAACAAGGUGACGUCCUGCAUCCACAACAUCCUCAGUGGGCAGCGCUGGAUCGAGCACUAUGGGGAAAUAUCCAUCAGAAACUCCAACAGUGAUGUUUGUCAGUGCAAGAUCACUUUUGUUAAGGCCAAAUACUGGAACUCAAGUGUGAAUGAGAUAGAGGGAGCGAUCACAGAUAAUAAAGGAAAGGUCAUCCACAAGCUCUUUGGAAAGUGGCACGAAGCAGUUUUCUGUGGAGACCCGCCUUCAGCUAAAUGCAUCUGGAGAGCAAAUGCAAUGCCAGUGGACCAUGAGCAGUACUACGGUUUUACAAAGUUUGCGAUUGAGCUGAAUGAGUUGGAACCUUCCCUUAAACUGCUGCUACCACCAACAGAUACCCGACUACGAGUAGACCAAAGGUUGCUGGAGGAGGGAAGCAUGGAGGCUGCAGAGGAGCAGAAGCAGAGGCUUGAACAGCUGCAGAGAGACAGACGGAGAGUCCUGGAGGAGAACAACGCGACACAUCAACCGAAAUUCUUCAGAAAGUCCAAGGACGACACCUGGGUGAACAACAGCACAUACUGGGAGCUGAGGAAGGACCCCGGCUUCACCCACAUAGAUUUCCCGACACUGUGGUGACCCCCCCGAGCUGCAGAUCACACACAUUUGCACAGCCUCUACUGUGAUCCAGGCUGGUUCUGAUGAUGUCUGUAACCCAGUCUUACCAUCCACAUUGAGUACUGUUCUUCUGUAUUGCAGUCCAUCAAAGUUAUUGCCUUAAUAGCAAGUGCUUAUCUGAGUUGUGUAAACAUGUUUAUGCAAGUAUAUUAUAAGAAUGUUCAUAAAUUUAGGCAGUUUUAGCCGACGUUUCCACCUGUUAUGUUGUGCGAAACCAUUUAAACUGAGAAGAGGAAAACUGCUUGGUGUAAAGGAUGACAGUCCUUUUCAUGGUUUAUCUACACUAGCUUAAAAUGUACGGAACAACUUCAGUUGUCGUCUUAUCAUGGACAUUUUCUACCUCUGAGAUAAACUAGCCUUGAUAUGCCAUUGACUAAGUGUACACAUCCGAUAUUUAUUCUGCAUCUGCCUGAUGCCUUACUGGUUGUACUCAUGUUUAAUUUAUUUUUGUUGCAAUGAAAAAUCUAUGUUUUGUAGAGAACAAGCAAGAAUUGUUCAAACAAUCGUUAAAGGUAGAGUCAGCGAUUCUAUUCUAAUACUCUGCUCUGUGUGUGUGGGGUAGGGAAAAAAAUCCAAUGUUCAUGCACAGCCAAAGCUCUGUAAGGUCAAUAUGAGGUUUUGCAUGGCAGAUUUUGACUUUGAGAGCUUGCAGUUCUAUUCAUACUACAACAGAUACAAGUCAGGUAGCUAUGCAGACAGUCACAUUGGCCCCUAUAAUGAACUCUAUGUCACUGAAAAGGUGUGACUUUGCAGUUUUUACUGGAUUUAGCAGCUGUUUCCAAACUGGACUGUAGCACUGUGUCAAUGUGAUUAUUCCUGAGGUGUAGCGAGCACAGUGGGUGGACAUAGCACAGGAUAUCUGGAGAACUUAGGACUUUACAUUGUGUUUGGGCUCCAAAAUGAUGCAGCAACUACUUCAGUUAUAAGGCCUCUAAUGAUGAAUUAUGAAGAUGUGGAUGAUGGAGAAUCUCCUUACGCAGUCUCUCCUCUUAACAUUUCUGAUGAGCAUCCAGCACAGUCCCAAAUUUUGGAGGUUUGCAGAGGAAUCCUGGCAGACUUGGGUAAAUGACAAAAUUUACAUUAUCUCACCCCAUGCAGAUAUGUGGAUAUAGAAAGAAUGAAUCAGCUUUUAAUCUGGCUCAUGCAAGUUAUUUAAAUAUGUUCAAAUAUCUUUUCUCUUACAAAAAUUUCAGGUCUCUGGUAAAAAGUUGUGGUUAUUCUUUUGGUGAUGUCCCCACAAAGUUUGCUCCAAGGAAAUGUCUUCAUAUGCAAACCAGAUUCAGAAACUUCACACAGUGACCGCUUACUUCAUCCAAGAAUCGCAGACUCGACCUUUAAAUCCUUUACUGAGCUGAACUUGUCUUUCUGUCUCAUAACAGUAAUUACUGCUUUCCGCUAUGACUGUGUGAAUGAUUGUGCAACUAUGAGCAGCUGUAGCAAAUAUCAAGUCAUUCAGCCAUUUUUAUUUCCACUUCAUCCAUCACACCAUUGUCUACAUGGACCCUGGGCUGUGGGACCAAAAGUGUCCAAAUCUUUGCUCCAUGAGCUCAAAUAAAAUUUCUGAUUCUUUC